CUAGAGUAUUAUCUAUACCCACAAUCCACAUCAAAACAAUUUUUUAUCAAAUUAAAGUAGUGUUAGUACUUGUAAUAUCUGUAGUCAUAUAAAAAGGUAAUACAUAUCACACUAUAUUAUUAUAACGAUGUUGCUUUUAAAAUUACUAUUUACUCUUUCCUCUCCGCUUCUGGUUUUCGCUUUUCCACAAACGGAACCAGCAUUAAAUGUCACAGCCAGUUGUACAAUAACAGAUUAUAAUCAAGUUGCAUCGGUAGUAAGCAGCUGUACAAAUAUUGUUAUAAACAAUCUCAGAGUACCAGCUAACAAAAAAUUGUUACUUAAUUUAAGAGAAGGAACAACUCUGACAUUUCGAGGAACAACAAGCUUCGAUGUAGGGACGUUGGAUGAUUGGCUGAUCACCAUAUCUGGUAACAGGAUCAAUGUUAUAGGAGAAAAAGGAUCUCUGAUUCAUGGACAUGGCGAACUAUAUUGGGAUGGUCAAGGUGGCAGCGGAGGUAGAACUAAGUCCAAACUUUUGGAAAUUAAUAACGUUAACAAUGCAAAAUUCCAAAAUAUUAACUUAAAGAAUUGUCCCAUGUUUUGUACUGGUAUUACCAGAGCUACUGAUCUUACAAUCGAUUGGUGGAGAGCUGAUUGCAGCGAUGGAGAUAAGAGAGGUGGAAGAAACACGGAUGGAAUUGGCAUCUCAUGGUCCAAAAAUGUACAUAUCAGCAAUGUUUUCAUUCAUAAUCAAGAUCAAUGCUUGUACGUCAACCAAGGUUCCAACAUGUUUUUUAAUAAAAUUCACUGCGUUAACUCUAAUGGUAUUUGUGCUACGGCUGGAUUUAGUCGUACUAGUUACGAAGAGAAUACCACCAAAAACAUUAGUUUUCACAACUGCGUUAUGGAAGGAGGGCUUACAGGAGCUCAAAUUAUCGCAAUGGCUAAUGGAGGACCUGGUGAAAUUACUGAUAUUUCUUUUAAUAAUAUAGUAUUUAAAGGUGUCCGUCAACAAGGAAUUUACAUUCAAAUGGAUUAUGGUAACAAUGGUCAUCCGAACAAUAACAUAGCUGUACAAAAUAUUCGUUACAAUAAGAUUUCUGGUACAGUUGAGCCAAACGCAAGAGCAGUGUAUAUCAUCUGUGGUGCCAAAUGUAAAAAUGUAGAACUUUCAGGUAUUGGAAUUUCAGGCAGUAAAGUACCUAAUUCAUGUAAUAUACAACCUAGAGGUUUUAAAUGUAAAAAUAAUUAUGAUGUUUAACAAUUUUCUAAUAAAAUUAUUUCUAAAAUGUUA